AUGUCUACCAAAUCAACCAACAACGCCCCCCACAGCUCCAAACUCGCCAACAAACUCCACCCUCGCGUCAACAGCGACACCCACAAAGAUAUUUCGAUCAAGUCCGAACUAGGAGACGCUCGAAACUACGGUAAAGGUGGUCCUGCAGGGAACGCCGGCCCUCGUAGUAGUAGUAAUAUUGCCAACAAACUCGACCCUCGAGUGGCCUCGGGCCAAGACGAUCGUGCCCCUCAUGAAGCUGUGGCCGGUAGUAGUUAUGCGAACUCUAAGGCUGGAUAUUCAGCAGCCCCAUAG